AUGGCGGUCACUUUACAUACCACCCAUGGUGACCUUAAGAUUGAAAUAUUCUGCGAAUCUGUCCCGAAGACGGCCGAGAAUUUCCUCGCCCUUUGUGCCUCAGGAGCCUAUGAUGGUACGCCCUUCCAUCGUCUCAUACCCGACUUCAUGGUGCAAGGAGGUGAUACGUCGCUCUCGCCUCGGAACACAGCAAAUAAUCCAAUUGCCAAAGGCGGAACAUCAAUAUGGGGAGAAUAUUUUGAAGAUGAAAUCAAAAUUCCUGCUUUGCGACACAGCGGGCGAGGUAUGGUUUCGAUGGCGAACAAAGGGCCCAAAACAAAUGGAAGCCAAUUCUUCAUCACUUUCAAAGAGGCUCCGCAUCUGGAUGGGAAAAACACUGUGUUCGGUCGAGUGAUUGACGGUGCCGAGGACGGCGGCACCCUCGAAAAGAUGGAAGCCGUUGAGGUGGAUAAGAAGUAUCGACCUAAGGAUGAAAAAAUUAUUCUUGAACGUGUGACAAUACAUGCGAACCCAUUGGCAGGUUGA